UGUUUUUCUAGACCAUCCUCGGAGAAACGCAGGAGGAAGAUGAUGAGAUCCUUCCAAGGAAAGACUAUGAGAGCUUGGAUUAUGAUCGCUGUAUCAAUGACCCCUACCUGGAAGUGCUGGAGACCAUGGAUAACAAGAAAGGUCGAAGGUAUGAGGCGGUCAAGUGGAUGGUGGUGUUUGCCAUUGGCGUCUGCACGGGGCUGGUGGGUCUCCUGGUGGACUUUUUUGUGCGGCUCUUCACCCAGCUCAAGUUCGGAGUGGUGCAGACAUCGGUGGAGGAAUGCAGCGAGAAAGGCUGCCUCGCCCUCUCCCUGCUGGAGCUCCUGGGUUUUAACCUCACCUUCGUCUUCCUGGGGAGCCUUCUUGUCCUGAUUGAGCCAGUGGCCGCAGGCUCGGGGAUACCCGAGAUCAAAUGCUACCUGAACGGCGUGAAGGUGCCAGGAAUUGUCCGGCUCCGGACCCUGCUCUGCAAAGUCUUUGGGGUGCUCUUCAGUGUGGCUGGAGGGCUCUUCGUGGGGAAGGAAGGUCCCAUGAUCCACAGCGGAGCGGUGGUGGGAGCCGGCCUUCCUCAGUUCCAGAGCAUCUCCUUACGCAAGAUUCAGUUCAACUUCCCCUAUUUCAGAAGUGACAGGGACAAGCGAGACUUUGUAUCAGCUGGGGCGGCCGCUGGCGUCGCAGCUGCUUUUGGGGCCCCGAUUGGGGGCACCUUGUUCAGCCUGGAGGAGGGCUCGUCCUUCUGGAACCAGGGGCUCACGUGGAAAGUGCUCUUUUGUUCCAUGUCGGCCACCUUCACCCUCAACUUCUUCCGCUCUGGGAUUCAGUUUGGAAGUUGGGGUGCCUUCCAGCUCCCUGGGCUGCUGAACUUUGGCGAGUUUAAGUGCUCUGACUCUGAUAAAAAAUGCCAUCUCUGGACAGCUGUGGACUUGGGUCUCUUCGUCAUCAUGGGGGUCAUUGGGGGCCUCCUGGGAGCCACAUUCAACUGUCUGAACAAGAGGCUUGCAAAGUACCGUAUGCGAAACGUGCACCCGAAACCUAAGCUUGUCAGAGUCCUAGAGAGCCUCUUGGUGUCCCUGGUAACCACCGCCGUGGUGUUUGUGGCCUCCAUGGUGCUAGGAGAGUGCCGGCAGAUGUCUUCUUCGAGUCAAAUCGGUAAUGACUCCCUCCAGCUCCAGGCCGCCUCACAAGACGUGAACUCCAGCAUCAAGACCUUCUUUUGCCCCAACGAGACCUACAAUGACAUGGCCACGCUCCUCUUCAAUCCCCAGGAGUCAGCCAUCCUCCAGCUCUUCCACCAGGACGGGACUUUCAGCCCGGUCACUUUGGCCUUGUUCUUCACCCUCUAUUUCUUGCUGGCCUGCUGGACCUACGGCAUUUCGGUUCCCAGUGGCCUUUUUGUGCCUUCUCUGCUGUGUGGAGCUGCUUUUGGACGCUUAGUAGCCAAUGUCCUGAAAAGCUACAUUGGAUUGGGCCAUAUCUACUCGGGAACCUUUGCCCUGAUUGGUGCUGCAGCCUUCCUGGGCGGGGUCGUCCGCAUGACCAUCAGCCUCACAGUCAUUCUCAUCGAGUCCACCAACGAGAUCACCUAUGGGCUCCCCAUCAUGGUCACCCUGAUGGUGGCCAAAUGGACAGGGGACUUUUUCAACAAGGGCAUUUAUGACAUCCACGUGGGCCUGCGAGGAGUGCCGCUUCUGGAGUGGGAGACAGAGGUGGAAAUGGACAAACUGAGAGCCAGUGACAUCAUGGAGCCCAACCUGACCUACGUCUACCCGCACACGCGCAUCCAGUCCCUGGUCAGCAUCCUGCGCACCACGGUCCACCACGCUUUCCCAGUGGUCACCGAAAACCGGGGCAACGAGAAGGAGUUCAUGAAGGGCAACCAGCUCAUCAGCAACAACAUCAAAUUCAAGAAAUCCAGCAUCCUCACGCGGGCCGGUGAGCAGCGCAGGCGCAGCCAGUCCAUGAAGUCCUACCCGUCGAGCGAGCUGCGGCACGUGUGUGACGAGCACGCGGCCUGCGAGGAGCCGGCCGCGAAGGAGGACCUGCUGCAGCAGAUGCUGGAGAGGAGAUACACCCCCUACCCCAACCUAUACCCUGACCAGUCCCCGAGCGAAGACUGGACCAUGGAGGAGCGCUUCCGCCCUCUGACCUUCCAUGGCCUCAUCCUGCGCUCGCAGCUCGUCACCCUGCUCGUCCGCGGCGUCUGCUAUUCUGAAAGUCAGUCGAGCGCCAGCCAGCCACGCCUGUCCUACUCGGAGAUGGCCGAGGAUUACCCGCGGUACCCUGACAUCCAUGACCUGGACCUGACGCUGCUGAACCCCAGGAUGAUCGUGGACGUCACCCCAUACAUGAACCCCUCGCCCUUCACUGUUUCACCCAACACCCACGUCUCCCAGGUCUUCAAUCUCUUCAGAACCAUGGGCCUGCGGCACUUGCCGGUGGUGAACGCCAUGGGGGAGAUUGUGGGGGUCAUCACUCGGCACAACCUGACGGACGAGUUCCUGCAGGCCCGGCUGCGGCAGCACUACCAGACCAUCUGAGGGCGCCCGCGGUCCAGCCUGCCCAGCCCGCGCAGGAGGGCCCGCACCACACACUCAGAAACCCCGGAACCAUCAGACGGACGGACGCUGGGCGGGUGCAGACCUGCGGCGGGUAUUGACCAUCAGAGUUCAGACCUUCGGACUUCUCAGCACACAUCGCCCCAUUUCCUGCUCCCCAAGUUCCACCCCCCAGUGUUGAGAGGCUGGCCCUGGGGAGCCACCCUGGACUGGACCAGAGGUAGAAGACAGGCUUCAGCCACUGGGGGAGGGGGCAACAGAGCACCCCCUGGGCUGCUUCCUAGCAACCCAGCUGUUGCCUUAAACCUCGAGAGAGACUUUGGCUGAGGCAAACCAGGGCUUGGGGGCAGUUGCGAAAUUCAGUUGAUGCCAAAUUUCAGGAUUGGGCACUGAGAAAACGAGCCAGCUUCAGGGUCCAGACUGUGCCUGUGGCCUGAGCCCCUUCCUGAAGCACAGAGCAGGUAUGCCCCAGGGGCAGCACCCCAGCAGUCCAGCUCCACAUCAGCCCGGCAGGGCUGCUCUGGCCUUGAACCGUCUGCUCCCUCUGCGUUUUGCAGGUCUCCUGGGAACACUUUUCAACCCUGAUUCCUUCGACCCACGGGAAUUCCCGAGCCUCCCUUCAGUUUUCUCUUUUUGGUUUAGUGGCCCCCGCCAGGAUCUUAGCAUCUCCCCGCUCCCCCACCCCCCAAAUUAGCUGAAGGCAGGGCCCACUUUGGGAAACAGCUCACUUCACUGUGGGCUUAGUGCUGUUUUGUAUAGAGUGGAAGCAAGCCAGUCACCCCCAGAAUGCACAGGAAGCCACUUGGAAGACUAUUCAGUUGGUUCACAAAAGAGGGUGUCUACAUUUCAUAAACUGCCCUCCCCAAACGGCCUGCGCCUCAGAAAUGGGAACUUGCAGAGAUGUGUUGUACAGACAGAGGGUCUGUGUGUGAGAGGGGGGGCAGGGUGGGGGGCUUCUGUCAGCACGAGGCGGAUACCCCUGUUUGUUUGAGUGACUUCUUGCGGGCUGGUUAACGUGGGCCCUGGGAGCAAGCCUGGGGAACGGUUCUGGGUGUCGUGCUGACCGCCUCUUGCUCACGUCUCCAGCAGCGGCAGACACGCGUGCUGUAGGUCUCUGGAGGUACUCCCGGCGUGAGUUCUAAGACCCCAGCGUUCGCCAAGGGCCACAGUGGCUGCUGCCGCCGACCUCCUUUGCAAAGCCUGCCUCUGGGGCUCCAGGCGGGCUGGACUGGAGCAGCCCUCUGAUUGCGUCUCAGGAAGACUCCCCACGUACGGGAGCUACCACACUGGAUCUUUCCUGUCUGACAUGGCCCCUUCCAUCCGGCCCCAAUUUUUUACCUCCUUGGUCAGAGUGACUUUAACUUCCGAAGUUCUCAACCUCCCUAGGGACCCAAGAGCGUCAACACUCGAGGAACUCGGGAGACUGCAAACAGGCGGGUACCCCGCCUAGAUGGGACUGGCCAGCCUAGCUGCCACUCGCUUACGGAAGUGGCCAGAGCGUGACCGCAUUACUUAAGUCGGGACGAUGGUGUCGCCGCCCUCCCGCAGACAGCGGCCCCGCCCACAUCUCCCUGCGGAAGGGCCUGGAGGCAGCCCUGCCUGAUGGUUGCUGGAGUGUGUCCCUCCUGCACGUCACGUUGGGUUUGAGUCCCAGGAUGUUUUGUUCCCAGAGAUAGUAGAAUGCAAACACCUCCCGCCCCUCCUGGAUCAACUGGAUGGACGGUGGCCACAGAGGCGCUCAUGUUCCCGUCCUUUCCGAAAAACCCAAAGACCCUGUCUGUUCACUGUAACCAUCGCUGUCCCCCUCCUCCUUCAGAUACCUUCUUAGAUACCGGGCAAACGCUUCCAGCAUCUUCUCAAGUCCCCAGCCCAUGACCUGGACUUGCACCCCCUCCUAGUGACCAGGGACCUCAACCACUGGACCUGGGCCUGGCCGGAGGUGCUGGCCUGUGGGUGAGACCACAGGAGGGGAGCGGAGAGGAGUGGUCCUACCCUUGGCGCUCUGGACAUGGCCCAGUCCUGACCUUGUGUAAGCAGCCGUCCCGGGCUUGCCUCGUCGGCCACAUUUCAAAGAAGUGCGCCGGGGCGGCCCGGCCGGUGGACGACAGGCCCAGGCAGUAUUGACCAGAGCUGUGGCCUCGGCCCCUUCACAGCAGCAGCUUCCGCUUCUGUUCGCACUGUUGGUUUGCACAGUUGUGUUAGCUAAGUCCCCUGUGUAUAGAAAAUGUAUUUUUUUUAAUUUGUAAAAAUCUAUUUUUAUUUGAACCUUGGGAUCUUGGACAUUCUCGCUCUAACCGUUAACAUGUUGGAAUAAAAUGUCUUCAUCUGCC